GGGGUCCCGGAGCCGGACGGGUCUACGCUGACGGCCGGUUAACCGGACUCUGGGAGUGGUCAGGGACUACAUUCAGGAUCUUGGAAGCACUGCCAAUAUGUCUGAUGUUCAAGAAGCCACUAACCAGCUCCUGGAUGUAAAUCUUUGUGAGAACCAGAUGUCUAUACAAGUGACUGAAAGUGGCCCCAGAAGUGAGUCUGAGCGUCUCCAAGUCACUAUUGGUGCCACUGUGCCUACUGGUUUUGAGCAAACAGCUGCAGAUGAAGUGAGAGAGAAAUUGGGGUCAUCAUGCAAAAUCAGCAAAGACCGGGGCAAGAUAUAUUUUGACAUUUCAGUGGACAGUCUGGCUCAGGUUCAUUGUCUGAGAUCAGUUGAUAAUUUAUUUGUGGUUGUUCAGGAGUUUAAGGAUUACCAUUUCAAAGAAACAAAGGAAGAAGUUCUAAAGGAUUUUGAGGACCUGGCUGGGAAGCUUCCAUGGUCAGACCCUUUAAAAAUAUGGAAAAUUAACACACGUUUCAAGAAAAAAAAAACAAAGCGCAGAAAGAUAAAUCCGAAUUCAAGUAAACAGAAGAUUGAUAAUGGACGAGGAGACACGACAGUUGAGAAGGAUGUUAAAGAGUUCACUAACAGUGUCUCAGAUUCACAGAUCUUAGACUCUUAUGAAAAUCCAGCCAUCAAAGAAGAGGUAUCAACAUUAAUAGGUGAUGAUUUGACAUCUUGCAAAGAUGAGACUGAGGAAAACUCAAAAGAAGAAGCUGAUCCUGAAGUGCUGAAGUUUAGAGUCACAUGCAACAGGGCAGGAGAGAAACACUGCUUUUCCUCAAAUGAGGCAGCAAGAGAUUUUGGGGGUGCUGUUCAAGAUUAUUUUAAGUGGAAGGCUGAUAUGACCAACUUUGAUGUGGAGGUUCUUUUGAAUAUCCAUGAUAAUGAAAUUGUUGUGGGCAUUGCAUUGACAGAAGAGAGUCUCCACCGAAGAAAUAUCACACAUUUUGGACCCACAACUCUUAGAUCUACUCUUGCCUAUGGGAUGCUCAGGCUCUGUGCACCUCAGCCCACUGAUAUAAUAGUUGAUCCGAUGUGUGGAACAGGGGCAAUACCAAUUGAGGGGGCUACAGAAUGGUCUAACUGUUAUCAUAUUGCUGGUGAUAAUAAUCCAUUGGCUGUGAAUAGAGCUGCAAAUAACAUCUCAUCUUUAUUGACCAAGAUCCAAGUUAAAGAAGGCAAACUGUCCUUGGGCUUGCCCAUAGAUACUAUUCAGUGGGAUAUCUGCAACCUGCCACUAAGAACUGGCUCUGUAGACAUUAUUGUAACAGACAUGCCAUUUGGAAAAAGGAUGGGCUCCAAGAAGAGAAACUGGAACCUUUAUCCAGCUUGCCUGCGGGAGAUGAGCCGUGUCUGUAGGCCAGGAACAGGCCGAGCUGUACUCCUCACUCAGGACAAGAAAUGCUUUGCCAAGGCAUUAUCUGGAAUGGGACACCUAUGGCGGAAGGUGCAUACCGUUUGGGUCAACAUAGGGGGUCUUCAUGCUGCAGUUUAUCUCCUGAAACGUACACCUCAAAGUUUUGUUCAUCCUUCAGAACAAGAUGGAGAAAGAUGUCCUUGGUGAAGCUUUUCAAAAGCAGACAAACCUGUCAAAGUGUUUUUGUUGGCUUCUCUAAAGGACGAGAGAACUGAUGAAUUAAAGACUUCAUGCAAGUCCUUCUGUUUCCCUCAGUCACUGCGUGCCGUGCUCAGUCAUGUCCAACUUUGUGACCCCAUCGACUGUAGCCCUUCCAGGCUCCUCGUCCAUGGGGAUUCUCCAGGCAAGAAUACUAGAGUGGGUUGCCACACCCUCCUCCAGGGGAUCUUCACGACCCAGGAGUUGAACCAGAGUCUCCUGCAUUGCAGGUGGACUCUUUACCAGCUGAGCUACUGUAUUUGCUAUUCUAGUUGCAGCAAGUCCUUCCCAAAACAGUAGAAAAUGAAAUAACCUAAAAAUUAAGUCUUGUGAAACCAGUGCUUCCCUGGGACAGAUUAGAUGUGGAGUUUUAUGCGGGACUCUGUAUUCAGUUUAUUUUGGAGUUUCUGGCUACAUUCAGCUUAGAUUUUUCAGUACCAUGUUAGUUACAUAACAGUGCUAUUCAUAAUUAACUUCUGAUGUCUCAUCUAGAAUAAAAGAACAGUAUUUAUUUCCUUUGAAAGAAAAGUUCAGAUUAGCAGCAUAAUCCACAGUCCUUAUAUGGUUUCUCUCUGAUAUACCUCCCACGUCAGUAUGAAUUGGAAAUGAGACAUUUAUAAGGGUCUCAUAUCCUAGACUGGAGUUUCUACCACCAUCAGAAUGCACAGUUGCACUACUGUAGGUUCAACAUAAAAUCUUUCACCUCUGACAAAAUAAACUGUUCAAACCUAUUAAAACUGUUGGUCCACAGUCCUAAUGAAAAACAUGUCUGUUUUCUUUGCUGCUUAUCAAGUGCCUGACACACUUACCUACCAGCAUGGACAUUUAAUAUUUGUUGAACAUACGGACAUUUUUGUAUAUUGGCUGUUUUUGAGUAUAUCAAAUUUGUGCUGGAUCUAUCAUAGCUUUAGUCCUAUUAAAUACCGUUACAAAAACGAACAGAUUGGUUUAAGAUGAUAUAAGUAUGUAGUGGACACUGUAAUAGUUUGUCAUCUUCCUCCCUAGUAUUGUUUUGUAAUCUGGUGACAGGAACAGGAAAUGUGCUACGUGAGGGAUUCAGAAAAACUAAUAAUGAGUUAUAUAGGACACUGCUACCUACUAGUUGUGUGAUCUUGGUUUUUAACUUUUGAAGUGGGCCUCCUGCACCAAGGUAAUGUAAAAAGAUGGGGAAGGUAAUCUUAAUAAUCUGAACAAAAAAAUGACUUGAGGUAAUGGACCAGACAUUCAAUAUAUUUUAGAGGGGGGAGAGAAAUAACAUUGAGACAAAUUUUUUAAGUUUAAUGAAAGGAAAGCAAGAUGGUUAUCUCUCAGAGACUGACAAUAUACUAGUGGCUAGAGAGGGAAACAUUUGUUUAAACAUUUCUUUUCAAAUGGUAGUAAGACUUUUAGAAAAUUUUAGAUUCUUAACAUACCAAUGUCAGACAUGGUUCAAGUCUGCACUACAAGGACUGCAGGCUGAAAAAAAAGAAAGCAUUUUAAAAGGCCUCUAAAAUACCUAAAGUACAUUAAUGUCCACAAGUGCGUAUUAUUAGUGAGUUAGGCAGAGAAAAGCCUUUUCCAAGUUCAGGUGAGGUGUUAUGUCAAAUUACUGUACUUUGGUUACAUUUUUAAGUUCAAGAGAAACUCUCCUGUACCAAAUUUUUAAAUGUGACAAUGUGGAAAAAACUGUAAGAAGCUUGCUAUAUCAACCCUCAUACCUUUGUCCAAAGGCUAACACAUAUACCAAUCAGUUAUGAAGUAACAACUGUUUAAUUAUAUAUUCCAUGAUGAAAGAAAUUUUUACUGGAAAGGAGAAUGGUGUUUUUGUUUUUCUCAAGCCCAAAUUUUGAAUUUACUUGCCCUUUCUCUGUAUGUUCUACAAAACUCAACAUGAACCUCUUUCCCCACUAAAACCUGCACCCUGUCCUAACAUGCCCAUCCUCCCAGUAAUCCACAUUUAACUCUGGGAGCCACUGUAAACUACAUUGACAUAUUCGACAGGUCUGAAUGUUUAUAUAUAUACUAUGCUAUAGCAGGUUUCUUCUCAUGAACCCUUUACAUUCUUAAAAAUUCAGGGCCCCAAGUAGCUUUGUUUACCAGUAUCUUACCAUAUUAGAUUAAAACGAGAAAAAAGAUUUCAGUAACAAAUAUGUAACAUUAACAUAUUCAUGGAAGAAACUAUUUUCCACAAAGACAGCAUUGUGUAUUUUUGCAAUUCAGUUCUCUUAAAUCUCUGCCUUAAUAUAAGAAAGCAGUACUAGAAGCUGGAUUUUUAUCUUCUGCAUUCAGUUGGUUGAAAUGUUACUUAUCUGCAAUUUUGUUAUUUUAUGUAUUGCCUAUGUGGAAAUUACUGGCUCACCUUAGUUACAGAAAUAUUCCAAGUGUUGGCCCAGCUUAUUACAUAGUAGCUGAAAUCAUUAACAUUAAAAAAAACACUUAAGUACUGAAAAGAUGUCAGGCUCCUUUAAGUUUUCCAAAAGUUCUACUUUUCACUUCCAAAUUUGAAAUUUUAUCAUUGACAACUGCUGUCAGUUGUUUUCCCUGAAAAGCUCACCUCCAUCAUACUCAGAAAAAUGUCUGCAAACAGCCAACUCUGACAACAAAAAUUUGACAGUCAUUCUUUUGAGUAAAAUUGGUGUUCUAAGAAAACAGAAGCUAAUUUAGCCUGCAGUUCAAUUGCGUAUUUUUUCUUGAGACAACCAGAGUACUUGAGCAUGCAGCAGAAGCACCACAUGUAAACUUUCCAUUUCAUCACUUACAUUUUCGGCCUAGAUUUAAAUAAAUAAUUUUACUAUUUUCACAAGGACAUCAUUAAAUGAAACUCUGACCACUACACUGCAAAUGGGUAGCAGUAAAGAAUGACUGCUAGUUUGGUGCCACUGUAUUAUGCCAAAUGCUGGCAGUUUUAGCCACCUUUUGCUUUUCAACAUUAGUGAAAAUAUCAGAAUAAACUGAGAUUUUAAAGUUAU